UAGAGAUGCGCGAGCUUUGCAGCGGGGAAAAAAACUUGAUUUCGUUCUCAUAGGCUUCUUAAUAACCUUUUUAUGUGCACACCUGUCAUUUAGUCUAUACAGCAGCAUGUCAAGGUAAUUGUUUUCAGUUUGUUUUACUUCUGUCAGCGUACAUUCUGACUGUAUGAAGAAGGCUAGCUCACUUGUAUUGUUGUUUGAUAUUCUGGAAAGCUGUUUGCUGUUUACCUUUACGCAUUGCACCGGCGUCCUCUCAAAUGAGCACAACAAGCUUAACCUGCUUGAAAUGGACUAAGGGCUUUAUAUUUGGGCUGCAAAGCCCCUGCGCAUAUUCUUGCGCUGUGAAGACGCUUGUGAAGAUUUGACGACGGAAUUAUGAAGCAUGAAUUGAGACUCUUAAGAGAACUUGAUCAACUCUUCACAUAACAUGGUCCACUCUCGGUUGUGGAGUAGCUUCGAAAGAAUUUCAUCUAUGGAUCAAGGACGCAGUAAACGUAAUAUCAGUUGAACACUGUGCGGCAAAGAUGUUUCCUGAAGAAACUAAUAUGAGUUACAUUUCGAAUGGCACGGAUGAUUACUUGCUGUCUGCACUUGAAGACUGGAGCGACACUCCUGCAGAGAAACUGUCACGGACGGGACACAAUGUAGUCGCCGUUAUUUUGGGAUCUAUUCUGAUAUUCGGGACCCUGAAUAAUCUUGUAGUCCUCGUUCUGUUUUGUAAAUUCAAGACACUGCGGACCCCCGUGAACAUGCUUCUGCUGAACAUCAGUGUGAGUGACAUGCUCGUGUGUCUAUUCGGCACCACGCUCAGCUUCGCGGCCAGUAUCCGCGGCCGGUGGCUGGUGGGGAGACACGGCUGCAUGUGGUACGGCUUCGUCAACUCAUGCUUUGGGAUUGUAUCGUUGAUCUCUCUGGCAAUCCUUUCAUAUGAUCGUUACAGUACUUUAACUGUUUACAACAAGAGGGCUCCGGACUACAGUAAACCCUUAAUGGCAGUCGGGGGCUCUUGGCUCUACUCACUGUUCUGGACGGUUCCCCCUCUGCUGGGAUGGAGCAGCUAUGGGCUGGAAGGGGCAGGAACCAGUUGUUCGGUGACAUGGACCGCCAACACCACCCAGUCGCAUUCCUACAUCAUCUGCCUGUUUAUUUUCUGCUUAGGAAUCCCUGUGCUGGUCAUGGUAUACUGUUACAGUCGACUCAUCUGUGCUGUCAAACAGGUAGGGCGUAUCAGGAAAACAGCAGCACGGCGGAGAGAGUACCACAUUUUAUUUAUGGUCAUCACUACAGUGGUGUGCUACCUUUUGUGCUGGAUGCCUUAUGGAGUUGUUGCAAUGAUGGCCACAUUCGGACGUCCGGGGAUGAUCACACCCAUUGCGAGCGUGGUGCCAUCCCUCCUUGCCAAAAGCAGCACCGUUAUCAAUCCUCUCAUUUACAUUCUCAUGAACAAACAGUUUUACAGGUGUUUCCUCAUCUUGAUUCACUGCAAACACAGCUCUCUAGAGAACGGACAGUCAUCAAUGCCUUCAAGAACUACUGGCAUCCAGCUCAAUCGAAGGCCUUACAGCAACCCAGUGGCUGACAACGCACCCCCUUCCAUCGGUCUCCAAAAUGAUUGCAGCACCCCUGUCUCUGGCUAAACCAGUCCACAAAGCUUCGCCUUUCCCAAAUGAUGACCCGACAGAAGUCAUCUGUUUAGUGUUGUGGAGUGCCUACCAAUUAAAAGCUGAAAAUCAGAACUGUAGCAAAGUGAUCUCUAUCUCAUCUAUGUGAAGACAAACUGUUCUCAGACCUGAAAUGCAACAUCUCCAUCUGUAUUUGUAUGUGACAUGUCAAGAUAAAUGUUAGUGGUCAAGAAAGGUGCAUACAGCCACUAGUGAAUUGUUGUUAAAAUGGAUGUUCAGGUCACGUGUUUCUCCAUUGCUUAUGAAUGUGCUUGCACUCAUGUUGUAUGUAAGUUCCCAAUCCUUUUAAGGUCAGGUCUGGAUAAAAUGUUAAACUAAGCGUUGAAUUUGAAAGAAAGCGCUCUGGAAAAAAAUCCUUUACCCAUGACUGCUUUGUAUUCUUUCUGGACAGCCUUCCUAAUCUCGCCAUUAACUGAUGGAGAUCAAGCAUGGCGACAGGGGAACCAUUAGUCACAGCAGUGCUUCAGACAGCAUCUCCAAACUUGGUAACUAUAUUAAAAGAAUAAU